UCAUGUGACGUGUUAAUGCCCAGAGAUUUUCUGCCAGGCUACGUCUGCUCCCUCCCACCUCCCUCCCUGCUGUUGUGCUCUCUGCUUCCUCAGGAUCUAUUGUUAGUGGGUUGUGCUGAGAGCGGACUGUUGAGGGGUUUGUUUUGGUGGGGGGGGGGCUCUGUCAGCAGACAUGGCUGCAUCUCUGCCUGCCAGCAUGAGCCCGGUGGAACUGCUGGACAAGAACUGAGCCCCAUUCAGCUGCAGAAGCUUUCAGCAGCAGCACAUCCCGACCUGCAGGACGUCCGCUUGGACAUGAACGGAAAAGUCAUCACUGCUGCCGCCAGGAUCAGUCACUCUAAAAGUGCCAGUAUGGUAUCAGAGGACUCUGCAGGUUCCCAGUCUUGGAUCUGUUUACCCAGCACAUCCGAUGUGGAACCUCCAUCUAUGAAGAUGUCUCGUACUCCCAAAAAGACAGCUACUUUUGGAAAACGCUCCAACUCUCUGCGCAGGAAUCCCGCCGCAGUGGUCACCAAACAGGGCUGGCUGUUCAAGCAGGCCAGCAGUGGAGUGAAAGGGUGGAACAAACGCUGGUUUGUUCUCACUGACAGAUGUCUCUUCUACUAUAAAGAUGACAAAGAGGACACGGUGUUGGGCAGUUUGCCUCUGUUAAGUUUUCGGAUCAGACGAGUGGAGUCUUCGGACAACAUCACCCGCAAGUUUGCUUUUAAGGUCUGGUCAGAGAAAGAGGAGGAGGGUGACGAUGGGGAGCUGAAUGCAGCUGCUGUGUCUUGCAUGCAGGCAAAGCACGCUGGCACCAGGACAUACUUUUUCAGCGCGGACAGCCAUGAGGAUCAGGAGGCUUGGAUCCGAGCCAUGAGUGAAGCUGCAGACGUCAGCGACCCCCCCACUCAGAGAACAAAGCCAGAACCCACAGAAGAGCCAAAGCAGGUUUUGGAGCCACAAAUACAGAACUCAGCUGACAGUGAACAGGUCCCCCCUUCUAAGAUGAAUGGGGUCAGCAGUCCAGAGUCAACGCCAACUAACCAGGAGGAGCCGAGGUGUGACCAAGGAGAAAGACCAGUAACAGAAGCAGGUGGAGAUGACGGAGCAGCACCUUCUCAAAGAGCGGUUUCGAAUCACAACCCCCAACAAAGGACAAAUCCUGCUCCAGUCAGUACAAAUAAUCAGAGCAGCAGAAACAAUCCUACCCCCUCAAGAGCACACAGUGGACAGCAGCGACACCCAGAGGGUGGUCCACCCCAUGACCCCAAAAAUCAGCAGGAGAAUGUGGUACUUCGGAGGGGUUUUUUGACUCGGGCAAUACCAGAGCGGGAGGCACAGAGGAAGAGCUCCAUGGCGCAGCUGCAGCAGUGGGUAAACCAGCGUCGAAGUGGGACCUCACAGGACGACGUCAGCAGUCCAUCCCAUUAUUACUCAACGAACAGGGGAAUCCCAAUGGAACAUUACAGACACUCCAUGGGUUCCCAGUUUUUGGAUGAGUACCCCCUCUACUCAGCCAGUCUGCGCCCAGAAAGCAUCUGCUCUGUCUCUGCUGUGGGAGCCUACGACCGACACUGGACUCUGGAGCGACGGUCACUGAGGGACGGUCCGCCACUCUACAGAGACUCCUGGGGUCCACAGCAGUUCGCUGGAAUGGAAAAGUCCAUGAGGCGUCUGUCCAUUCAGCCACGUUCCCGGUCCGUGCCAAGAUCCCCGUCCUUGUCAUCGGGUGGUCCUUACUCACCGGUGCCGCCUAACUUUGCCUCUCCGGCCCGAUCACCGUCUGUGCAUUUUGAGCGUUUUCCAGGCAAGAGGGAGGAUGUGAUCUACGCCGACCCAUUUUCUUACAGCCUGAGAAGGUCCAUCAGCUCCCCCAAGUAUGUCUACCCUGGUGAAAGGAGAUCCUUCAGUCAAGGGGUAUACCACCACAACUACCCUAUGUCCCCUUCCCUCCACAUGAAAACGGAGGACAUGCUGGACCUCCAGCUCCAGCGCAACCUGGACUACCUGGACCAGCAGGUUCCUCCGUUCCAUGACAUCUACAGCAGAGAACUUCAUCCGACACUGAAGCUUAACGAGAUUGAAACCAGUAAACUUCUAGGCCGACUGUGUGAGCAAAGACGGAUGCUGAAAGACCAGGAGGCCUUGGUGCACAGAUUACGCAUGGAUAAGGACAACCUUGAGGACGAACUAGUGGCGAUUCAUCAGGAGAUGGAGCUCUACCACAACCAACCAAUAAUUAUGGAGAAGCUCCAAUUCAAAAAAGAGGCUUGGCAGAACCAACUCAUCAACUUGAGAGGAGAACUCUCCCAAGCCUCCAGUGCUUUGACCACAAUGCGCAUGGAGUUUGAAGCUUUAGAGGAUGAAGCCAACGCCAUCCAUGGAGACUUAUGGGAACAAUUGAAUGCUGGAGGACAGAGUGAACUUGUUCGUAGACACAUCCAGAAAGAGUUUUGGCGAGUCCAGGAUGUCCUAGAGGGACUUCACAAAAACCACUCAUCCAGAGGCACUGACACAGCCAAGCACAGAGUGGCCAGCGGUGCAUCCGGUUCUUUUAGCACCAAUAGUCCUGCCAGUCCCCUGAGCUCAGUAAGCCUUACCAGUCCACUCAGCCCCUUCUCCCCAGUGCAAGGUUGCCAGGCCUCCCCCACCAAACAACUGGGCCCGGAGGAAAGUGUUCCCCCAAGGCCUCCUCUGCCCAAGUCCUAUUACCCACUGGAGCCCUCCCUUACCUUCCCCCCCUCUGUCCCUCCCCUACCUCUUGACAGCACCGCUUGGCUGCACAGCUUGGGCAUGGAUGAAAGUUACCUUGACCAUGAAGACUCUUGCAUCAGACAGGCCAGGACAGGAGAACAAAGUAGUCUGAGAGAUGUUCAGGACCAGGUUCAGGACAAACAAUCCACAAACAAAGUUGGCAUUGUACCUCCAAGAACCAAGUCUCCCGCUGAAGAAACUCACAGAAGCUCUGCUGAAGUGCCCCGGCACAUCUCCAAGGACCGCCCAAAGAGUGCAGUGUUUCCUGCAGAAUUAAGGUCCAAGAUGAGCCUAGAGGAGCAGAACGAGCGAAUUCGUCGCAACAUGAGCAGCUCCAUGAGAGACAAGAGGCGGAGCCUAAAUCUUUCUGCUGGCCCGCUUCCACCUAACUUCAAAGUGGUUCGAAGGCGAGUAACAGCUCAUGAAAUUGACAUUAAGGACUUGGAGGCAGCAGUUCGUGAUGACAACCAAGAGUCACCGUGGGAAGAGAUUGCUCGGCUCAGACGGUUGCAGAAUGAAGGGAUGCAUGACAGCAGAGAGAUGUCACCUCAAGACCAACCCAUAAUCCCAGAGAGCCUCCUGGAUCCAGAGAAUGAGACUCCUCUGAGCCCAGAGGAGCAGAAAGAGAAGCAGAAGAAGUUGGAUCGGAUCAAGACUCUUAUAGCCAAAUCAAACCUGCAGAACGUGGUUCCAGUUUUGGAUGGCCCAGUGGAGGGUGGAGCUUCAGCCAGCUCACAGCACCAGCUGCUGGAACAAGAGAAGCGGAUUGAGAUUACGUGCGCUCUGGCAGCUGAGGCUUCUCGUCGUAGCCGUUUUCUGUCCGCCCAGUGUGCCUCCAGCCCCCCUAUGUCACCGAGCAGCCUGGUUCCUCCCCAUCCUCCAGUGACUUCUUUAACCCUGCACACAUCCUGAAAGUGUAAGACGCACAGCUCUGGCAGCGGUGAAGUUUGAUGGAGCAUCUUUCUGAGGAUUCACAGGAACAUUUUAAUGGGAGGGAGCAUUCAAAGUGAUUGGAGGCAAGAGAAUGCGCCCCCUCAGCUUGAGGAUCUAACCCAUGUAGCACAAAGGCAUCAGACCUCUUCCUGCCAAGUUGUGUCAUCAUCUUUAGUUUAGCUCAGGACAAAUUCUUCUGAACCUGCUGGCGCUAUAAUGUUUUACAAUGACAUCGUCAAACUGUGAGCUUACUGUCAACUGCUUUUGGCAUGUUCUGAAACAAUGGAGGGUGUGACUCCAAAGGCAGUGGAGGUGGGGGGGGGGGGCAGGCAUCUGCUCCAGAGUCUCUGCUUCUGCGUUUGGGUCUGAGAGAACAUUUCUGCUUCAAAGUCCGCGUGCCUGAAAUUGUGGAGAAGGAAACCUCUACAAAGAACCUGCUCAUCUUCAUCUGAACUAUGUGACAUAGUGGGGCAGAUCACUGCCUCGGUUAUUGUCUUUGACACAACACGCCCCAUAACAAAAUCACACUGGACUAAGCAGGAGCCUUCCUAACAUCUGUGGAUUUCACUGGAGUUUUGGGUCUCAGAUCUUCUGCAGGGCUGGUCCAGCAGCUGACUCAGAUCAUGCAGUUUCUGCCAGAGUCACAGAAGUGGUAUAAUCUCUUUACAAACUUUGCUAUGUUGAAAUUUCGGGUUUGAAAAUCAUUGUUGUAUGACAUUUUGAUAAGCCAUAGUUAAACACUGGUCAUCUCUCAUUUAAAGUCAUUUUAAAAGGAAGUAUGUCUUUUUUUUAUGAUCCGUUGAUUUUGUGAGAAACAACCAGACAAACAGCAAUCCCUUAAAACAAAGUUUCCUACAUUCUUCCAUGUAACUGCUAUUUUUCACCAUGACAGAAGGACAAGUUAUGAAGCUUUUCCAAUGCGCAGCAAGUCAAGUGUUGGUUACCACAACAACGUCCCCUGCUUUUGUCUGUCUCUAUACAGACCCUACAUUUAAACCUGUCCCCUGUCUUAUAUAUUUGCUUAUAUGAAAAGUUGCUCUUCAAGCUUUCAACUUUUUGGGGGUUUGGUAAAGGUGAAUUCAAUCACUACAGACAGAGGCUUUUUCCUCAGUUAUUACAGAAAAAAGAUCAGUAGCCCCUGUAGCCCCUCUGCAGCAGGUAAAUAAAGCCUCAAAUAUAGCUCCAGUGUGACGUUUCAGUCCCAUUGCAGGAUGAGCACAUUCAUGUCAUUUGGGGUGUCACACAGUGCCUGUUCCAGAUGCUUCCAAGUGUAAAUGCUUGUCACACAUCCAAACAUAACGGUAGCUGAACCUGAAGGCGCGGGAUUAAGGCAGGCUCUCAGCUGCAUCUGCUUGAGGAGUAAACCUCCCGUUCAGCAAAAGCUGUUUUUUCCACUUAAUGCUUCAUUUUUUCUGAUCUCCAGCCAAUUACUUAAAACAGAAGCUCACAGCCCUUCAUAUCAACUUAAAUUGCCCUUGUGAGACACAACUGAAACUACACACAGCUGUAGCUCAUAAGCCACAAAGAAAUUAGGCACAGAUGGAGUUUUACCAGUUGCUUUUUGUAAAAGUCAGGGUUGUACCAAGUAAACUGUGCUGACACAAAGAUUUAUCAAAACCCUAUUCUGAGUUAACCAUUUAAGAAAAUGUAUCACCUGCACAAAAUAAUCCUAAAAUGCAAAAAGGAAAUGAGGAUUUGUGGGAAUAUUUUUUGGUUUUCCUAUUUUAAAGCACUUUUUUUUAAAAGAAGGUAAUACUUUAAAAGGAAUCAAUCUGCUAUUUGUUAUGUGAUUGAUAAUGAUGUUAAUGUUCUUGAAUAUUUUUAAAAAGUAAAAACAUAUUUGUCUUUUUAAUUGUUCUUAAAUAGCUUUGGUAGCAGUAAAAAUACACCCAUUGGACGGAUGUUUGGAUGAAUGGUUAGAUAGACAAAUGGAUUGAUGGAAGUAUAUAUUGAUAGAUAGAUAAAUUGUAGGGUGAUGGGUGAAUGACGGAUGGAAGACAGAGAUUUCAUUUGAUUAAGGCAGCCUUCUGGUGUUCAGGAUCUGACUUUAGACGUAGCUUUUGUACAUGAUGAAAGAAGAUUCCUCUUCAUUAGCUUUAGUGUUUGUCUAUAAGUUUUGCCUUUACUCACUCUGUUAUCCGUUGGGUUUAAUGUUAGACUAUGCAAGAUUUGCUUGCUGUCAGAAAACUGCAAUAAAUUGAAUGUAUGAAAUUAAGAUGUUCCAUAGAUGUGAAUGAGUCAGGUCUGUGUUUUUGAGUCAGUCUGAAGGAUUCUGUACCACUGACCCUUUCAAGUUUGCUCAUGAUUGAGUUCCUUGCUGGACGUGCAGCUGCGAAUUACAGAAAAUCCACCAGCUUUGAUGCUCUCCAUUUUUUCUUUUAUUUAAAAAUGUGUAAACCGUUAAAGUAAAAAGACACAGUGAACGCUACCUCGUCAAAAGUUGAAAUAAACAUGGUACCAUCAAUAUCCUCAUCAUUUUACCUCCAACGCCUCUCUACAUGCAGUAAUAAACAGUGCAGGUCAGCAAUGUCACCCAGAGUAAUUAAUAAGGAAACUUGCUGUUUUUAAAGCAAGCAGGUUUCUUAAUUAUGAAUUUCUUUUGUUUUGUUUUUUAACGUGAAAACACUGUUAAUGCAUUUCUGCAUGCAAAUUGGUUUAGAAAGGUUAAAUGACAAAAAGAAAAAGAAACAUGCACACCCUGUGGUUUUAGGGGCCAAAAAGGGGUUAUUGUACAUUUGAAUAUGACUCUUGUUAUGCAGGCUCAAAGCCCUUCAGUAAAAACAGUUUACUGCACGAUAAUUUUAGUGACUAAAAUUCCAGUCUAUUGUUUGUCCAGUUUGAGUCAAGUUAUAGGCUUUUUGUAUGUGAUCUCCAGAGUUUUGCAAACUCUGCUUAAACGCUAUCUGUUUUUAAUACCAUAAUUUUCAAUGAAUUAAAGCCUUGAUGCUGCUGCACCCAU